CUUAUUUCCCCCACUGUAUAUCAUUUUGAGGUGCACAGAAUGUGUCCAUGUUUUACAGAAGAUGAGCGGCUGUGAGUGGGAUGAGGAGACAGGAGAGUUUAAUGGUUUUAGUCAGUAUGGUUAUGAUGGAGAGGACUUCAUGGCAUUUGACCUGAACACAUCGACAUGGAUCGCUUUGAAACCACAAGCUGUCACCAUCAAAGAGAAAUGGAAUGCUGACAAAUCUAGAGCAAAAAACAAUGAGGUUUACUUCACUCAGAUUUGUCCUGAGUUCCUGAAGAAGUAUUUGGACUAUGGAAACAGCUCUCUGCAGAGAACAGAGCUUCCCUCAGUGUCUCUCCUCCAGAAGACUCCCUCCUCUCCAGUCAGCUGCCACGCUACAGGUUUCUACCCUGACAGAGCCACGAUGUUCUGGAGGAAAGAUGGAGAGGAGCUUCAUGAGGACGUGGACCACGGAGAGAUCCUCCCCAACAACGAUGGAUCCUUCCAGAUGAGCGUUGACCUGAAUCUUUCAUCAGUCACACCUGAAGACUGGAGGAGGUACGACUGUGUGUUUCAUCUCUCUGGUGUGAAGGACGACAUCGUCACCAAACUGGACAAAGCAAAGAUCAAAACCAACUGGGGCAAAAUCGUCUUUAGAAAAAACAAAGGUUUGCUCUCAGAUGGGUCCAGCAACAUCACCAUACCGAUUACUGCUGCAGUGGUUGUUCUCGCUGUCGUUGUCAUCGCUGUUAUUGGAUUUACUGUUUACAAAAAGAAGAGAGCAAAUCGACCUCCAACUCCUUCUGUCAACAGCUCUGAGCUCUCUGAGAGACUGAAUCCAGAAACAAGAUUAACAAACACCCCACCCAGCACAAAGUGACUCCAUGUUCACAAACAGUAAAUACUGCACUGUGGUAAAUAUUCACACCUCUAGUCAGGGUCUGAAAUUAGCACUGAUAAAAUGCAAGUAAAUACUGUUAGCAGACAGAGAAAAUGCACUACAGAAAGACACAUGUAACACACACACUGAGCACUCAGCUCAGGGAAUAUCAGUGGUGGAGUUUCAAACCAAACUCACCAGUGGAAGAGGCCCAGUUCGUACUGAUUAAGAGUCGGUGCGCUGUUUAUCAACAGCACCAGCCAGUCAGAACAAAAGUUGGUAGUCCAACUUUGGUAUUGACGCUGAGAAUUAUUUUUGUUUGCUUGCUGAGUUACAGAAGAGGAGGUUUUUGUUGAGAUAUGGCAUCUUGCGGAGAUUUGAACUGAGAAAAUGACUAAUUCAUUAGUGCUUGAACUGUGUGUUUUGUAUUAAACACUGACUGUGUAAUACA